GCCGGCGUCUCCUGGUGGCAUGGGCGCUGGCAGCAGCGUGUCUGGUGGGGCACGCCUCGCACAUGCUGCAGGCCUCCUCCCUCGCCUGGAAGCUGCCUGCCUGGACCCACGCCCUGCACUCCACGCCCGUGCACGCUCUGCUCUCCCUCACUGCCCUUCUUGGCCCCGGUCGCAAGUUGCUGCAGGACGGAUGGACCAGCCUGAGGCGGGGAGCGCCCAACAUGAACACGCUCGUCAGCCUUGGUGCCGUCUCCUCCUUUGCUGUCAGCGCUGUGGCUGCUGCCGUGCCAAAGCUGGGCUGGCCUGCGUUCUUCGAGGAGCCGCUCAUGCUGCUGGCGUUCGUGCUGCUAGGGAAGGCGCUGGAGGAGCGGGCUAAGAUCAAGGUAGACAGGGAGGGGUGGGAAGGAAGAAUGAGGGCGGAACAAGGGGGAGGGGGGGAUUGUCGAAUCAAGUUAGGCCACCAGCGACAUGGCAGCGCUCCUAUCCCUGCUGCCCCCUCAGGCCCUCUCAGCGACACAGCAACGGAGGUGGUGCCCAUAGAGGCGAUCCAAGUGGGCAACCGAGUGCUAGUGCGACCAGGGGAUCGCAUCCCGGUGGACGGCACAGUGGCGGGAGGGCGCAGCACAGUGGACGAGAGCAGCAUCACGGGGGAGCCGCUGCCGGUGCUGAAGCAGGCUGGGGACGAGGUGACAGCGGGCACGGUGAAUUUCAACGGGGCAAUGGUGGUGCAGGCGAGCAGGCAGGGCGGGGAUGCGGUGCUGGCAGACAUAGUGCGCAUGGUGGAGGAGGCUCAGGGCCGCCAGGCUCCCGUGCAACGAUUCGCUGAUCAGGUAUCCAGCAAGCUCUGCUACGGGGUGAUGGGCAUAGCAGCGGCCAUCUUUGCCUUCUGCUCCACCCUCGGCCCCAAGCUCGUCCCGGCUGCCCUGCCCUGCCCUGCCCUGCCUGCUCUUGCCUGUAUUGUCAACACUCUGCCCUCACUCAAGGAUCCCUCCCACCACCCCGCUUCCCACCAGGUAUCUGGCAAGUUCUGCUACGGGGUGAUGGGCGUAGCAGCGGCCACCUUCGCCUUCUGGUCCACCCUUGGCCCCAAGCUCGUCCCGGCUGCCCUUGCUGCUGCCGGCCCUGGAGGCAGUCUGCUGCUGGCGCUGCAGCUCGCCUGUAAUGUGCUGGUUGUGGCCUGCCCGUGCGCCCUGGGUCUUGCCACCCCAACAGCAGUGCUGGUGGGCACAGCCGUAGCAGCAAGAAAAGGGCUGUUGAUCCGAGGGGGAGACGUGUUGGAGCGCUCCACUGCCGUGCAUACCGUGCUCUUUGACAAGACCGGCACGCUCACCCUCGGCCGCCCCACAGUCACGCGCGUGCGCCUGCAUGGGGAUGGUUGUGAUGCUGAAGAGAAUGAGCGUGGGGUUCGGAGACAGGGAGGAGGAGGGGGGAAAGGAGAAGAAGAGGAGAGGAGGAACGAGGUGCUGGUGUUGGCAGCAGCGGUUGAGCGGAAUUCCACGCAUCCCCUCGCGACGGCGAUAGUGGAAGCUGCUGGGAAGGAGGCGAGGCGGGCGCGGGUGGAGGACGGGUCGUUUUUCCAGCAGCCAGGGGCCGGGGCGGCGGCGGUGGUGGCCGGGCGGCAUGUGGUGGUGGGCACUCCUGAUUGGCUGCGAGAUAACGGCUGUGAUGUGCCUGUGGAACUUGAGGAGGCUGAUUUGAUGAGCAGCGCUGCAGAAGGUGUGCAGCCAUGCCAUCUCAUUCCCCUCUCUCCGGCCAACCCCUUUCCCUCCCCCCAGCUCCAUCUCUUCUGGGUCAUCCCCCGCAUCACCGACUCUCAGGCCUGCCGUGCCAGGCGACCCCACCCCGGGCGAGACGACCGUAAAGGUGCAUCCCCCUCCGCUCCAACUCUCAUGCCUGCCAUGCCAGGUGACCCCACACCAGGGGAGACGACUGUGUACGUACGUGGGGGCGAGACCACCGUGUAUGUGGGGGUGGACGGCAGGCUCGCAGGCGCCAUCUCAUUGGUCGACAAGGUCCGCGACGAGGCGGCGGCGGCUGUAGCGGCGCUACAGGCCAUGGGGCUGCACACGGCGAUGCUGUCGGGGGACAAGAGACCUGCGGCCCUGGCGAUCGCUCAUAAAGUCGGCAUCCCUGAGAACGAGGUAUACGCGGGCGUGAAACCAGAGGGCAAGGCAGACUUCGUUUCGGCCCUUCAGGCAAAAGGAACCCAGGUGGCGAUGGUGGGAGAUGGGGUGAACGACGCAGCUGCCUUGGCUCGAGCCGACGUGGGCAUAGCCAUGGCUGGGGGGGUGGGGGCGGCGAGUGACGUGGCGUCAGUGGUACUGAUGGGCGACCGGGUGACUCAAGUGGUGGACGCCAUUCACCUCAGCCGCUGCACCUUCAACAAGAUCCGCCAGAACCUCGCCUGGGCGUUCCUCUACAACAUGAUUGGAGUCCCAGUGGCGGCAGGGGCGCUGCUGCCCUUCACAGGCACCAUGCUCACCCCCUCCCUCUGUGGGGCCCUAAUGGGAGUGAGCUCUCUGGGUGUCAUGGCCAACUCUCUCCUGCUGCAGCUCACAUACAAGGCACCGUCGCUAAAUAAGACUGACAAGGGGGUUCUUGGAUUACCCGGGUUAAUUUUUUGGAAGGAUGUGAAGGGGGAGAGUGGAAGAGGGAAGAAGGGUGGUGGUGGGGAUAAUAGGGAUGUAGAGAAGGUUCUCCCACCCAGCUGUCGCUCUUGCUCCUAUCCCGCCGUAUCCUCUCCCUCACUACCCACCUUCACCUCUCCUAUUCACCUCACAGUCACUCAGCCCCACCCCGCGAUCUCCUCUUCCUUACCUCCCCUCCGUCGCCUCUCCCUCCUCCCCGAUGUCGCCUCUCCCUCCUCCCCGCCGUCGCCUCUCCCUCCUCCCCGCCGUCGCCUCUCCCUCCUCCCCGCCGUCGCCUCUCCCUCCUCCCCGCCGUCGCCUCUCCCUCCUCCCCGCCGUCGCCUCUCCCUCCUCCCCGUCGUCGCCUCUCCCUCCUCCCCGCCGUCGCCUCUCCCUCCUCCCCGCCGUCGCCUCUCCCUCCUCCCCGCCGUCGCCUCUCCCUCCUCCCCGCCGUCGCCUCUCCCUCCUCCCCGCCGUCGCCUCUCCCUCCUCCCCGCCGUCGCCUCUCCCUCCUCCCCGCCGUCGCCGCUCCAUCCUCCCCGCCGUCGCCUCUCCUUCCUCCCCGCCGUCGCCUCUCCCUCCUCCCCGCCGUCGCCUCUCCCUCCUCCCCGCCGUCGCCUCUCCCCCCUCCCCGCCGUCGCCUCUUCCUCCUCCUCGGCGUCGCCUCUCCCUCCUCCCCGCCGUCGCCUCUCCCUCCUCCCCGCCGUCGCCUCUCCCUCCUCCCCGCCGUCGCCUCUCCCUCCUCCCCGCCGUCGCCUCUCCCCCCUCCCCGCCGUCGCCUCUCCCUCCUCCCCGCCGUCGCCUCUCCCCCCUCCCCGCCGUCGCCUCUCCCUCCUCCCCGCCGUCGCCUCUCCCUCCUCCCCGCCGUCGCCUCUCCCUCCUCCCCGCCGUCGCCUCUCCCUCCUCCCCGCCGUCGCCUCUCCCUCCUCCCCGCCGUCGCCUCUCCCUCCUCCCCGCCGUCGCCUCUCCCUCCUCCCCGCCGUCGCCUCUCCCUCCUCCCCGCCGUCGCCGCUCCUUCCUCCCCGCCGUCGCCGCUCCUUCCUCCCCGCCGUCGCCUCUCCCUCCUCCCCGCCGUCCCCUCUCCCUCCACGCGGUUGCCUCUCCCUCCUCCCCGCCGUCACCGCUCCCCCCUGA